UAAGAUGCAGUGGAUGUUAUCGAGAUUGCUAUUAAGCAUCAUACAUCGGAUGUCACAACUAAGGCAAUGGCACUCAUUGCUCUGUUAAAGGCAAUAGGCUUCUUGUAUUUGCUUACAGGAGGGUUAAAAGUAUUAUAGGACAGAACAAAGGUAGCUUUAUCUUAGAACUGCAACAAAGAUCUAUGGAGUUCAGUUCAGUUAUUCAAAAGCAUCAGAAUAUAAGAUCUACCCUGCUUGAAAGAAUGCCGGUCCUUGAUGAGGCAACAUUUAGUGGAAGGAGAGCUGGUUCUUUACCUCCAUCUGUGUCAACUUCUGGAAAAUCUUCGCUUAGUAUUCCGAAUGGUGUUGCUAAAGCUGCUGCAGCUCCUCUUGUUGAUUUACUUGACCUGAGUUCUGAUGAUACUCCUGCACCAACCUCCUCUGGUGACAACUUUCUUCAAGAUCUUCUUGGUGUUGAUAUAACGCAGCCUUCAGCACAACCUGGUUAGAUUUCCAAA